AAAAAAUUAAGGAUAAGAAAAGUGUCAAAAAUCAUUACGGCAAUUCAUAACAUUCCCACAGAGGGACAUUCUCAAAGAAUCGCUCGCUUCACCCGCACCAUUCCCCAUGAAGCAGGAUAAACCCACGCUGGUGUACCCCUUUUCAACUCUCCUGCGCAACCUGAGCUCCGCGUUCUUCACGCCCAGCCCCGCCGCCUCCCCAUCUAUCACCAUCACGGCGCCCCUGUGGCGCCGACGAAACUCGUUCAACCGCCGCUCCGACUGCCAGUCAUCCAGCGUCAGCUCCUUGGGUAUUGUCGAGCACAAUACUGACUCGCACAUUGACUCCUCGGAUGAUGCGGAUCUGGCGCCGGAUUCGGACGUUGAACAAGUGGAGGCUCGCAAUACGCGCCCGAUUUUACAACCGCAUCACAUUUCGGCGCUAAACCGCCAGCAGCAACAAAUCUCGUACGACUUCACCCCCUCUCCUAACGUUCUGCGGCGGUCUUCUCUCUCGGACAUCUUCAAUAUGGAUCUGGAUGGCGAGCAUAUGGAAGACCAGCGGCCAAUGGAGAUGGUGACAUCCCCCAAGGUGAUGUUCCGCAAGAUGUUGUACCGCGAGACAAAGCCGCAGCUAAAGGCCGUACGACGUGUUACCCAUGAGUUGCAAAACGAGGUGUCUCCUUUUGAUAGCGAGAUGGGGCACGAGCUCGCUAGUUGGUUCACGUUCAAGGACGAUGAGCUACUCGGUGCCAAGGAUCCACUCGGCCUCGACAGUGAUUUGGCUCCCGCGGCAAGGUUCUAUCCCUCGCAACAGCACAUGAUCACCGAUGAAAUCUACCGUAAAAACAAGCUCGUCAGCGAGGCCAACAAGGCCUGGUCGCGACGAACGCAGACACAGCAUCCCCUGAACGAGCGUCUCUUCGGCUUUAGUCCGCAUCUGUUAGCGAUGACGCCGCUUCACCAGCUGUCGCCACAGCCUCUGCAGGGUACCAAGCGCAAAUCCACGGGUGACGAUGCUUUCCACACGAAGCGCAAGGCGGUCAGCACCAGCCCGCGAGUAGCGAACAAGGCGGUUCUCAGCACCAGCGAUGACUUGGAGCGCAUGCGGUUGUAGUUACGAU